CCAUACGGCCCGCCGUUUAUCUCCUUCUUCCCCCCCUGAAAUGAAAAUCUGGUAACGAUUUCGAGGUUUCCGCCCCCUGAAAUCUCAGAAGAAGAAGAAAGCCCUAAUUUUGAUCCCAUUCUCGCGCAAAUUCUCCCCCCGGAAGCUAUUCUUCUCGCUAUUGGAACCAAUGACGGGCUGCGUUUGUUGCUGUAGACCCUCGAUUGUUCCCAAAUCGACCGUUAAUUGCAGCAGAUUGCGGAGGACGCGGGCGGGUGUUGUGGUUUUUGCGCCGCGCGGGAGGGAGGUUGGGCACGCGUGUUCUAAGUCAAGAGGGGUUAGGGCUUCAAUAGUGGACUCAUACGAGAGCUCCUCUGACUUCGUCAAGCGGAUGGAGCAAGCGUGGGAAAUCUCUCAGCAACCGAGGCCAAUUUCAUGCUCUUCUUGCAAUUCGAGAGGGCACGUUGAAUGUAAGUGGUGUGGAGGCACAGGCUUCUUCAUUCUCGGGGACAACAUGCUUUGUCAAGUCCCCUCAAGGAACACUAGCUGUGUGAUUUGUGCUGGAAAGGGAUCUACUUGCUGUGAGGACUGUAAGGGGACGGGAUAUCGAGCCAAGUGGUUGGGAGAAGCUUCGAGUUCCAAAUAGAAGCAUCGAUACUUAUAAGCCUUCUGUAUACUAGCUACUACUGUAUAUCAUUUUAUUCUUCGUUGUUAAAUGUUCAGUGGGUACAGCCACUUCUUAUAGCUUUUGCUCAUUAUUCUUGUCUCAGUCCAUUCAUUGCUCGCCACUCAAUAAAGCUACACCAACAAUCUUUGUAAGCUAACCGAUGAAUCCUACUCUUAGAUGGGUGCAUUGUAUAUUCAUUUGCCGGGUUUUACUUUGUUUGGGCUGAGUUGAUGACGGUCUCGUCAUGUAACUCAUGUUGUAUACUCGACUUGGUUAAAACUGAGAUUGAAGUCCAUUGUUAUACUCA